AGCUGAAUGCGUCUCCUCUCCUCUGCAGGAGUCGACCCUGCACUUGGUGCUGAGGCUGCGUGGAGGUGCUAAGAAGAGGAAGAAGAAGUCUUACACCACCCCGAAGAAGAACAAGCACAAGAGGAAGAAGGUCAAGCUCGCUGUGCUCAAAUACUACAAGGUGGACGAAAACGGCAAAAUUCACCGGCUGAGGCGCGAGUGUCCCGCUGACGAGUGCGGCGCCGGCGUCUUCAUGGCGAGCCACUUCGACCGUCACUACUGCGGGAAGUGCUGCCUCACCUACUGCUUCAACAAACCCGAGGACAAGUAGACAGGGACAGACUGAACGGCGCAUGUAAUAAAGACGAAACUGUUUUGACAAAA